ACUUCCGGGGCAGCGCGGCAUGGCGGCGGGAGGGCGGUGUCUGAAAGAGGACUCCCCGUUGGAAUUUGUACCAAGAAAACCCCAGGUGAGGAAUGGAGCAACAUGCCUUGGUGCUCUGUUUGAGUGGGGGAGUGGGCAAGGAUGAAGGUUUGUAAAGAUGUACUUGCUCUGGAUUUCACUGAGCGGGACGAGUCUGGGCUGAAGUUUUCUGUGAUUCUGUUUGUUGCAUUGGAACGGCUGCCUUAGUAGAUUGGAGGGAGGGAGAGGGAGAUUUUAAGACUGGAAGCAGUCCGGAGUGCAUGGUGUUUCUGCCUGCUUUGAUGAUGCUGCCUGCUUUGAUGAUGCUGCCUGCUUUGAUGAUGCUGCCUGCUUUGAUGAUGCUGCCUGCUUUGAUGAUGCUGCCUGCUUUGAUGAUGCUGCCUGCUUUGAUGAUGCUGCCUGCUUUGAUGAUGCUGCCUGCUUUGAUGAUGUCUUUGGGUCUGCAGUGACUGACAUCCUUCCAGGUACCUGGGUGUCCUCUGAAAGUUGUGUCCUGCAAUUCUUACCUACCAGGUCUUUGCCACCAAGGCUGGCUAAGAUGCUUUGGCAAAUACUAGAGAUGUUAUGUUGGGAUUGUUGAGUGCAAGGGCUUUAUAAGCAAGCGUUCGGCAUAGAUUGCUACUAACAACUGGAAGCAAACGCUGCUCAUUUGAAUAUCGAGGAACAGAGCCUGAGUGGCUGAGAAAUUGAGUUGGGACUCAGGAGAACAAUUUGUGACUGUCACAAACUUCCUGUGUGGCCAUUGCAGGCAGUUGGUGUCGUACAGCACAGCAGCAGCACGGUUGUGAAUACAUACACAAGUACUCAAGUUUGAGGACCCUUUUCUUCGGCAGGCGAUAAAAGACAACGCAAAUGCAAGUUUCAUGUCCCUCUCUGUUAUUAGAAGCCGCUCUCCUUGAGAACGUCUGCACUAUGGCUGCUGAACGGCAUUACUCCCCACCGGAGAUCUCUGAGCCCACGCUGAUGGAGACUGUGCUGCACCACGGACUCUUCUUUGGAGCCAUUUUCCAGCUUCUCUGUGUGUUAGCCAUUAUCCUGCCAGUUUCCCAGUCCCGUAAGACAGACUCGGAUGGUUCUGGGACUAAGACCUGGCAGGCGGUGAAGAAACCAAAGGCAAGUGCUGCGCAGCUAAGUAAGAAACCCAAGAAGGAAAGCAAAAAGAAACGAUAAGGGCUUGACCGACAAGCCUCAAAAGACAAAGGAAUCACCUGUAAUGCUUCCUCAGAGAUUGUACCAAAGGCAUCCGAGUAUGUCGUCUGGUUUUCUGGCAUUGCCAUGCUUUACCUUUCGCAGACAAUGGAGAGGAACUGAGGAAACUGGAAGGGAAGGGCUUCUGAUGUGUUACAAGCAAAGAGUCAUAAGCAGGACUUUAUGUGAUGUGAUUCAUGGGUCAGUCCCCAUCCAGUGUAGUAUGAGACUGAAAUAAGGCUAGACGGGACUGGAGAGUGGGAGGUGGUGACGUAGCCACAGAGUAAGGCAUCUUAAGCUUCUUGAUGCCAGCUCACAUCUUGGUUUUUUAGACCACAAAUGAGUCAGUGGGAGGAGAACCUGCUGUGUGAGGUUCCUCAGGGCUCAGAGCGGCUUUGAAGGAAAGGCUUCUGUGGCAGGGCUGCAAGUCUGCCGUCUUUUUGCAUACGUAGACUGCCAUCCUCCAUUGACAAAGGCAUUGUGAGCCCAGGUAUGGCAGUAGUGCUGUUAGGUUUCUGGUAGAGAACAGACGCAGAACAGCACAUUUGCUGAAACCAUCAGUUUGCUGCUCUCCCUUGCUGUUGGUGGAAAUGACGAGUGGACAGCACAAGGAAAGCAGAACAAAGCAUGUGAGACAAAAGCACUCUGAAGUUGCUUGGACAUCUCAGGACAAAGAAACAUGACAAAAAUUUCCCAUGCAAACAACACAAACUGGUAUCGUUGUUGAGUUUCCAUGGGUGAGGAUGGUAGUUGUUUUAUCUAACUCUGUCCUUCUGCAGGUUCCCUAAAGGUGGGCUCUGUUGCAUUCUUCUAACAGAGGUACAACUACUGAAAGAGUAAUGCACGCAAUACCCAAAAUACAGGAGUGCUUCCACAGCCAAAAACUGGUUGCCAUGAGCCCUGUGUGGUUGUUACCUCGGAGCAGCAGGCUGCUUCUUUCUCUGACUGAACGAGACUGAAUGAGUCAUUGCUAACUGGAAAUCCUGGAUGCUGGGGUUUCAUUUUGGGGGGGUGUGAAUUGAGGAAAGCAGAUUAGGCUAAAAGUUAUGUGCCUUCAUGAGGUGUUGAAUCGGCAGCUGCAGAUCUGACCUUGCUAAGCCAGGUUCUCACUGCUGAUAACAGAUGCUUUUCUACGGACUUGGACAGUUAGUGCAGACAGCGGGUGUCCUGUCUUUGCACGUAACAUCGUUAGCUCCCCUAUCUCUGGAAUGCAAGGUAGCAGGCUCAAACAGUAAAACCACAAAUUAACAAAGAAGCGGCGGAUUGGUGAACAGAGUUGUGGCUGAUGAGACGACCAAUCAGAGCCACCCAUCGUAACCCAAGCCCAAGAAAAUAGCACCAUGACCUUCAUCAGAAAGACCACCGAGAGACACGCGUGUGUAAAAGAGCUGAGACUUGGGGCGGGGGGGAGGGGGUUGUCAGUCCUUCUGGGGACUCAUUGUAAUAACCCAAACUUUUCUUGGACAUCUAAUGCAUAUGUAAGCAGCUUGGUCUUUAAGUAUGUGCCUUUCUUGCCCUCCGGCAUGCAGGCUAGGUGGGCAUAUCCCCCCCUGCAUCUGGCGUGUGCGCAGCGCUGAUUAGACAUACCUGCUCAAUCCCACUCAGAGGUGGGAUUGUGCUGUAUUUGCAGUUGGUUCCGAACAGCUCGAUACCUGUUUUGGAAUGUUGAUUAGCUGAACUUACGGUAUGCCUUUAGUAAUUAUCGUAUUCCACAUUUUAUUUUCUGUUGAAAUAUAUACUAAAUACAACCAAAAUAUUUUUGUUUAAAAUAAAAACAAGAAUAACUUUUUAAAAA